AUGUUUGAUUCGGAUGAGGAUUCUGAGAGAAGAAGAGAUAAGUUUGCUCGUGAAAGAAGAGACGAUGAUAGGUUAGAGUUUUGUUGAUUGAUUUCAAAUAUAAAUUAAUUUGUUUCAGAAGAGGAGGCGGCGGUGGUGGCUAUUCUCGAUAUGAUGGCGGUCAAAAGCGUCCACCACCAAGAAGAGAUGAUUAUCAAGUGAAAAGAUCACGCAAUGAGUAUGUUUUUUGAAUGAUAUUUUAGACUGUUGAAAAUAUUGCUGAUUUUCAGUGAUCCUUCCGAUACAUAUGAGCCAACUGUUAAAUCAACAGAAGAGACUCCAAGUGGUGAUAUCAUGUUUUCUGGUCCAAUGCUAACUUUCAAGCGAUUUUUGGCUACUCAAGAUGACGACAUUUCUGAUGAAGUUGCGGUGAAAAAGUAUAACGACUACAAAAUUGAAUACAAGAAACAUCAAUUGGAACGUUUUUUCAAAGCUCACAAGGAUGAAGAAUGGUAAUAACGAGACCAGAGGCGCACUAUGCCGCGGUCAUUGGAUCACAACUGAAUUUUUCAUUUUAUUGACAAGGAUGUCAAUCGAUUUCUUUUUCAAUACUUUUGAAACUACUUUUUUCUUAAUUUUUAUUAUUCAUUUUCAAUCAUUUUAUUUAGGUUCAAACAGAAAUACAAUCCGCAAGAUGCUCAAAAAAUCACUGAAGCACAUGCAAAAUAUUUGGAAAAAAGGAUCGAAGUAUUUAAUGAUUUGAAAAACAGUGGACAACUCGAAGGAUUUUCGCUUGAUUAUGAAAAUGCGGAAAAGAUUAUUAGAUUGUUGGAUACUGUUGUUGUGAAGUUAGAAGAUGGAAGUGAAGAAGAUCUGAAAGCAGUUCAAACACAAAAAAUCGAAGAUGAAUCAUUGACGGAAUUGAAUAUAACUUCAACUGGAUCAGAAGAAGUGAAAGAAGAAACUAAAACUGAGGAAUCUGAAGAAGGAGCAAUUGAUGAUGAAAAACCAUCAGCAAAAGUCAGCAUUCAUAAACCAUCUUCAAUUUUCAUUCGAAAUAUUCAUCCAACUUUAACAUAUGAAGAACUCGAAUCUCUUUGUAAACGUAGUCCAGGCUUUUUGAGGCUCGCUCUCACUGAUGGAAUUGCCGAAAGAAAAUUCUUUAGAAGAGGUUGGGCUACUUUCCGAAGAGAUGUCAAUAUAAAAGAAAUUUGUUGGAAUUUGAAUAAUUUCCGAGUUCGAGAUACUGAUUUGAAUUGUAUUAUCAAUCGAGAUAUGACAAGAAAAAUCCGGUCAACUAACGGAAUUUCAGCUCACAAAACAGUUGCAACCAAUGAUUUGAAACUUGCAUUGAAGGUUUGUUUAUUUUUUAACAGAUAAUCAAUUCAAACCAUAAUUUAAUAAUGUUUAGCUUGUUGUUCUUUGCGAUAAACGUGCUGGACUUUUUAAUGCAAGUGGAGAACCAGAAGAAGAACGUGAAAAGGAUAUUCGAAUGGGUGUUGAUCUAAUUUCAGCUUCAACCAAUCCAAUAAUCAAAGAUAUCAAAAACAUUGUACCAAAAAGUAUUCUCGAAGAAAUCAGCGAAGAAGAAGCUGAACUUUUGGGAAAUUCAAAUGGUGAUUCGAGUGCCAAAUCUGACGAUAAAAUCGUUUUUGAACGCGAUCCAACUAUUAUAAAAGCAUUGGAUUUAUUGAUUAUUUAUUUGAGAAUUGUCCAUUCUGUUGAUUUCUAUAAUCAUGGAGUUUAUGCCCUCGAAGAUCAGAUGCCAAAUAGGUGAAUUCGAGAUUAUUCAAAAAAAUACUCAAUUAUUUUUAUUUUUAGAUGUGGAAUGUUCCAUGUUCGUGGACAACCACCAUCUGGAGCACAUAUCUCAACCAACGAAGAUGGAAAUCUUGUAGUUCCUCAAAAGUUUGUUCAAGUAAGUUUUGAUGUAUUUUUAUUUGAAAAAAUCUUGAACUUUUACAGGAUUUCACAUCUGGAUUCAACAGUCGAAUUGAGAAAGCACUGAUUGAAAAACAAUAUGUUAACGAAGAAGAACAAAUAAAGUUGGGGAAAAAAGAUGAAGAAAAAGAGAUUGAUGAUUUCGUGGCAAAAAAUACUGUUGAAUUGGCCAAAGAUAAAUGGUUGUGUCCAUUGUCAGGAAAGAAGUUCAAAGGUCCAGAAUUCAUCAAAAAACAUUUGCAAUCAAAACACGAAGACAAAUUGAAUGAAGUUCGAGCCGAUGUUAUAUAUUUCAAUAAUUAUGUUGCUGAUGCUUCUCGUCCAGUUGAUUUAGAACGCCCAAAUAAUAUAGUUCCAUCAAAUGGACAAACAAGAGAUAAUGGACAUUUUGGUGGAACAUUUAGAGAAGAAAGAGGAGGUGGAUAUAAUAAUAGAGAAGAAGGGAAUGGUGAUCGUGGAGGUGGAGGUUAUCGUAAGUUAUUUUUUUAACUUUCAACUGUAUAUGAAAUUAAUCAUUUCCAGGAAACUCAUUUGGCGGUAAUAAUUAUGAUCGCAAUCGUGGUCCACCAAGAAAUAAUAUGGGAGGUGGAUAUGGAGGUCCAAGAAAUUCUGGAGGUGGAAGAUAUUUUGAUGACAAUAAUCAACAACCACGUCGAGAUAACAGACCUCAAGUAUCCUAUCGCGAUUUAGAUGCACCGGAAGAUAUCCCGUAA